CUGGCCCGGGGCAGGCCUGGCCCUGCACACUGCGGCCAGUCCCCACGGCAGGGCGAGGGCACCGGGGACGCAGGGAGGAGAGGGCUGCCGGGCGGGGAGCCGGAGAGCCAGGCCGCCGGGAACAUGGAGCCGCCGGCCUCCCCCCAGGACGAGGGCCAGAGGAAGAAGCAGGCCAGGAAGCCGGCCCCCGAGAUCCUGCCCCGGCCGCCCCGGGCCCUGCUGUGCCUGACGCUGGAGAACCCGCUGCGGAAGGCCUGCAUCAGCAUCGUCGAGUGGAAACCCUUCGAGACCAUCAUCUUACUGACCAUCUUCGCCAACUGCGUGGCCCUGGCCGUGUACCUGCCAAUGCCCGAGGAUGACAACAACUCGCUGAACGUCGGCCUGGAGAAGCUGGAGUACUUCUUCCUCAUCGUCUUCUCCAUCGAGGCCGCCAUGAAGAUCAUCGCCUACGGCUUCCUCUUCCACCCGGACGCCUACCUGCGCAGCGGCUGGAACGUGCUGGACUUCAUCAUUGUCUUCCUGGGGGUCUUCACGGUGAUCCUGGAGCAGGUCAACCUCAUCCAGAGCAACACCACGCCGUUGAGCAGCAAGGGCGCCGGCCUGGACGUCAAGGCGCUCCGAGCCUUCCGCGUGCUGCGCCCCCUCCGGCUGGUGUCGGGGGUGCCCAGCCUGCAGGUGGUGCUCAACUCCAUCUUCAAGGCCAUGCUGCCCCUGUUCCACAUCGCCCUGCUGGUCCUCUUCAUGGUCAUCAUCUACGCCAUCAUCGGCCUCGAGCUCUUCAAGGGCAAGAUGCACAAGACCUGCUACUACGUCGGGACCGACAUCGUGGCCACGGAGGAGAACGAGAAACCGUCGCCCUGCGCCCGGACGGGCUCGGGCCGCCCCUGCACCAUCAACGGCAGCGAGUGCCGGGGCGGCUGGCCAGGGCCCAACCACGGCAUCACCCACUUCGACAACUUCGGCUUCUCCAUGCUCACCGUGUACCAGUGCAUCACCAUGGAGGGCUGGACCGACGUCCUGUACUGGGUCAACGAUGCCAUCGGGAACGAGUGGCCCUGGAUCUACUUUGUUACCCUCAUCCUGCUGGGCUCCUUUUUCAUCCUCAACCUGGUGCUGGGGGUGCUGAGCGGGGAGUUCACCAAGGAGCGGGAGAAGGCCAAGUCCAGGGGAACCUUCCAGAAGCUGCGGGAGAAGCAGCAGCUGGAGGAGGACCUCCGGGGCUACAUGAGCUGGAUCACGCAGGGCGAGGUCAUGGACGUGGAGGACCUGAGAGAAGGGAAGCUGUCCUUGGAGGAAGGCGGCUCGGACACCGAGAGCCUGUAUGAGAUCGAGGGCUUGAACAAGAUCAUCCAGUUCGUCCGACACUGGAGGCAGUGGAACCGGAUCUUUCGCUGGAAAUGCCACGACCUGGUCAAGUCCCGGGCCUUCUACUGGCUGGUGAUCCUGACUGUGGCCCUCAACACCCUGUCCAUCGCCUCUGAGCACCACAACCAGCCGCUGUGGCUGACCCACCUGCAAGACGUCGCCAACCGGGUGCUGCUGUCCCUCUUCACCCUGGAGAUGCUGCUGAAGGUGUGCGGGCUGGGCCUGCGGCAGUACUUCAUGUCCGUCUUCAACCGCUUCGACUGCUUCGUGGUGUGCAGCGGGCUCCUGGAGGUCCUGCUGGUGGAGUCGGGCGCCAUGACACCCCUGGGCAUCUCCGUGCUGCGCUGCAUCCGCCUCCUGCGGCUCUUCAAGGUCACCAAGUACUGGACGUCGCUGAGCAACCUGGUGGCGUCGCUGCUGAACUCCAUCCGUUCCAUUGCCUCGCUGCUGCUGCUGCUCUUCCUCUUCAUCGUCAUCUUCGCGCUGCUGGGCAUGCAGCUCUUCGGGGGCCGCUACGACUUCGAGGACACGGAGGUGCGGCGCAGCCACUUCGACAGCUUCCCGCAGGCCCUCAUCAGCGUCUUCCAGGUCCUGACAGGGGAAGACUGGAACUCCGUCAUGUACAACGGCAUCAUGGCCUACGGCGGGCCCUCCUACCCCGGGGUGCUGGUCUGCAUCUACUUCAUCAUCCUCUUCGUCUGCGGCAACUACAUCCUGCUCAACGUCUUCCUGGCCAUCGCCGUGGACAACCUGGCCGAGGCCGGCAGCCUGACCUCCGCCCAGAAGGCCAAGGCCGAGGAGCGGAAGCGCAGGAAGAUGUCCAAGGGUCUCCCAGGCCGGCCCGAGGAGGAGAAGGCGGCCGUGGCCAAGAAGCCGGACCAGAAGCCCAAGGGCGAAGGCAUCCCGACCACGGCCAAGCUGAAGGUCGAUGAGUUCGAGUCCAACGUCAAUGAGGUGAAGGACCCCUACCCCUCGGCUGACUUCCCGGGGGACGAUGAAGAAGAUGAGCCUGAGAUCCCAGCAAGCCCGCGCCCGCGGCCCCUGGCCGAGCUGCAGCUGAAAGAGAAGGCGGUGCCCAUCCCGGAAGCCAGCUCCUUCUUCAUCUUCAGCCCCACCAACAAGUUCCGCGUCCUCUGCCAUCGCAUCGUCAACGCCACCUGGUUCACCAACUUCAUCCUGCUCUUCAUCAUGCUCAGCAGCGCCGCCCUGGCCGCUGAGGACCCCAUCCAGGCCGAGUCCAUGAGGAACCAGAUCCUCGGGUAUUUUGACAUCGCCUUCACCUCUGUCUUCACUGUGGAGAUUGUCCUCAAGAUGACCACCUACGGCGCCUUCCUGCACAAGGGCUCCUUCUGCCGCAACUACUUCAACAUCCUGGACCUGCUGGUGGUGGCCGUGUCCCUCAUCUCCAUGGGGCUCCCGUCCAGCUCCAUCUCGGUGGUGAAGAUCCUGAGGGUGCUGAGGGUGCUCCGGCCCCUGCGAGCCAUCAACCGAGCCAAAGGGCUGAAGCACGUGGUGCAGUGCGUGUUCGUGGCCAUCCGCACCAUCGGCAACAUCGUGCUGGUCACCACCCUCCUGCAGUUCAUCUUCGCCUGCGUCGGGGUCCAGCUCUUCAAGGGGAAGUUCUUCAGCUGCACUGACUUGUCCAAGAUGACGGAGGAGGAAUGCAGGGGCUACUACUACGUCUACAAGGACGGGGACCCCACGCAGAUGGAGCUGCGCCGCCGCGAGUGGGUGCUCAGCGACUUCCACUUCGACAACGUGCUGUCGGCCAUGAUGUCCCUCUUCACGGUCUCCACCUUCGAGGGGUGGCCGCAGCUCCUGUACAAGGCCAUCGACGCGUACGAGGAGGACAAGGGCCCCGUCUACAACCACCGGGUGGAGAUGGCCAUCUUCUUCAUCGUCUACAUCAUCCUCAUCGCCUUCUUUAUGAUGAACAUCUUCGUGGGCUUUGUCAUCGUCACCUUCCAGGAGCAGGGCGAGACCGAGUACAAGAACUGCGAGCUGGACAAGAACCAGCGCCAGUGUGUGCAGUACGCCCUGAAGGCCCGCCCCCUGAAGUGCUACAUCCCCAAGAACCCGUACCAGUACCAGGUGUGGUACGUGGUCACCUCGUCCUACUUCGAGUACCUGAUGUUCGCCCUCAUCAUGCUCAACACCAUCUGCCUGGGCAUGCAGCACUACAACCAAUCGGAGGAGAUGAACCACAUCUCCGACAUCCUCAACGUGGCCUUCACCAUCAUCUUCACCCUGGAGAUGAUCCUGAAGCUCCUGGCGUUCAAGGCCAAGGGCUACUUCGGGGACCCCUGGAACGUGUUUGACUUCCUGAUCGUCAUCGGCAGCAUCAUCGACGUGAUCCUCAGCGAGAUCGACACCUUCCUGGCCUCCAGCGGGGGGCUGUACUGCCUGGGUGGCGGCUGCGGCACGGUGGACCCCGACGAGAGCGCCCGUAUCUCCAGCGCCUUCUUCCGCCUGUUCCGGGUCAUGAGGCUCAUCAAGCUGCUGAGCCGGGCGGAGGGCGUGCGCACGCUGCUCUGGACAUUCAUCAAGUCCUUCCAGGCUCUGCCCUACGUGGCCCUCCUCAUCGUCAUGCUGUUCUUCAUCUACGCCGUCAUCGGCAUGCAGAUGUUCGGGAAGAUCGCCUUGGUGGACGGGACCCAAAUCAACCGCAACAACAACUUCCAGACCUUUCCACAGGCCGUGCUGCUGCUCUUCAGGUGCGCGACGGGCGAGGCCUGGCAGGAGGUCCUGCUGGCCAGCAGCUACGGGAAGCUGUGCGACCCGGCGUCCGAGUACGCGCCCGGCGAGGAGUACUCGUGCGGCACCAACUUCGCCUACUACUACUUCAUCAGCUUCUACAUGCUCUGCGCCUUCCUGAUCAUCAACCUCUUCGUGGCCGUCAUCAUGGACAACUUCGACUACCUCACGCGGGACUGGUCCAUCCUGGGCCCGCACCACCUGGACGAGUUCAAGGCCAUCUGGGCGGAGUACGACCCGGAGGCCACGGGCCGCAUCAAACACCUGGACGUGGUGACGCUCCUGCGGCGGAUCCAGCCCCCCCUCGGCUUCGGGAAGUUCUGCCCCCACCGCGUGGCCUGUAAGCGACUGGUGGGCAUGAACAUGCCCCUCAACAGCGACGGCACCGUCACCUUCAACGCCACCCUCUUCGCCCUGGUGCGCACGGCCCUCAAGAUCAAGACGGAAGGUAACUUCGAGCAGGCCAACGAGGAGCUGCGGGCCAUCAUCAAGAAGAUCUGGAAGAGGACCAGCAUGAAGCUCCUGGACCAGGUCAUCCCUCCGAUCGGAGACGACGAGGUGACGGUGGGCAAGUUCUACGCCACCUUCCUCAUCCAGGAGCACUUCCGCAAGUUCAUGAAGCGCCAGGAGGAGUAUUACGGCUACCGGCCCAAGAAGGACGCGGUGCAGAUCCAGGCCGGACUGCGGACCAUAGAGGAGGAGGCUGCGCCGGAGAUCCGCCGGACCAUCUCGGGUGACCUCACGGCAGAGGAGGAGCUGGAGCGGGCCAUGGUGGAGGCCGCCAUGGAGGAGGGGAUAUUCCGGAGGACCGGAGGCCUGUUCGGCCAAGUGGACAACUUCCUGGACCGGCCCAGCUCCCUGGCGCCCGUGCUGGCCAACCAGAGGCCCCUGCAGUUCUCCGACAUCGAGAUGGAGGAGCUGGAGUCGCCCGUCUUCCUGGAGGACUUCCCGCAGGACCCCAGCACCCACCCGCUGGCCCGCGCCAACACCAACAACGCCAACGCCAACGUUGCCACGGGCACCAGCCGCCAUAGCAACCGCCAGGCGUUUUCCAGGGUCUGCUGUGAACGGGAGUGCCCUGGGGAGAUCGAGACGCCCGCUGCCAGAGGAGGGGUCCAGGGACCCUGCAGCCAGUCCCGCGUGGGGCAGCCAAGGCGGGAAGGACAGCUGCCCCCGAGAGCAGUGCCCCCAGCCCAGGCGCCUCCGGCCCCCGGCCAGCGUCCUCUUGGGGUCUGUUUUGUGCCUUUGGAACAGCGCCCUGGGGCGGAGGCCCUGAUGCCUGAGGCAGAGGAUGCCACCCCCAGAAGCCGGACCCCCGAGAGCCCGUCCAGGGGUCUGGCUCCGGCCACGGCCCUGCUGAUCCAGCAGGCUCUGCUUCGAGGCGGCCUGGACAGCUUGGCGGCGGACGCCGGCUUCGUGUCGGCGACGGGCCAGGCCCUGGCGGAGGCCUGCCAGAUGGAGCCGGAGCAGGUGGAGGUGGCGGCCACCGAGCUACUGAGAAGACGAGAGUCCCCCGAGGUCACGGCCGGCGCCCUGGGACCCCCGAGCCUGCGGUCCUCCGUGGGCAGCUUCGACCAGCGUCAGGGCUCCCAGGAGACCCUCAUUCCCCCCAGGCCCUGAAACCCUCGGCCUCGGCCUGGGCUGGGGCCUCGGGUCCAGGGGUGGGGUGAGGAGGGGGUGCAGGAGGGGCAUGGUCAGCCAUCGGGGCAGCCGCCCAUCUCACAGCGAUGGUUGGAGGCCGCAGGCCCCUCUCCUCGCCAGCAGGGGGCGCAGUUGCAGGUCGGUGCCAGCAUCAUUGCCCCUGUCAUGUCUGGACAUUAAAGUUUCAGGCCUCAGAGCGGGCACCUGGCCUCUGCUUGUCUCCUGUUCCGGGCCUCCCCUGCCCCCACCCCCGUCCCUUCCCCAGGAGCCGGCCGUGGCUGGGGGCCAGGCCCAGGGAGGCCAGAGGGGCCAUCUGGACGGUCGUUCUGCGGGGAGAGCCCGGCGGCCCGAGGGCAGGUGCCAGCCCAGCCCCCUCCUUGGCGGCCGUGACCGGGUCUCACUGGACGGAGGCCGCUGCCCGCUCUGGCCUCAGCGGCCAGCUGUGCCGGUUCGUGGCUGUGGGCGUCCAAGGUCCCCGCGCCAGGCCCCUCUGGCCACAGGGGACCCAGUGCCUCCUGCGCCCCAGCCACAGGCCUCGCCCGGGCCCCCCCCCCUCCCUACAGAGCACUUGCCCGCAUGACCCCUUUUCGUGCUCACCUGGGGUCUCCCUUCAGCCCCACGGUAGCCCCACGGCGAGAGGAGCACGUGGUCAUCUUCGCGUGGAGGCCGGGGACCCGACACGCGGAGUCCCUCCCGUGGCCGCCCGGGUCUCGGGGCCGGGCAGGGGCGGGGCUGGAACUCGACCGGGCGUCUCCGUGACUCGGGGUUCCGCCCGGUGGCUUCGGGGCUGUCUCCCGUCCUUUUGUGCCGACUGGACUUUGACCUGAACCGUGAGCUCCCCUGUGGCUCCGUGUCAGAGGCUGACCUUUGGUCCUGGCGUGUGUGGGGCCGUGGAGACGCCCCAGUCUGGACAAGUCUCUCCGCCUCCCUGGCCCUCAGUUUCUCCACCUGAAGGUGAGGGGUGGCACUAGGUGGUCGUGGGGGGGCUCUUCCCCACUCCAUGAGAGUGAGGGUCACCCACACCCGCUCCUGCCUUUGGCCCCCGAACUGUAAUAGAAGCUACUGGAGCCCUGGUCGGUGUGGCUCCGUGGGCAGAGCGUCGGCCUGCAGACCGAAGUGUCCCGGGUUCGAUUCCGGUCACGGGCACGGACCUCGGUUGCAGGCGCGUGCAGGAGGCAACCCAUCGAUGUGUCUCUCUCACAUCGACGUUUCUCUCUGUCUCUCCCUCUCUCUUCUGCUCUCCCUAAAAAUCAAUAGAAAAAUAUCCCUGAGUAAGGAUUUUAAAAAAGAGAGAAGCUGUUACUGGGGAGAGGAUUGGAUAUAGAGCUUGUGUCUGACGGGAUCUGGGUCGUCAU